AUGGAUAGCGGAGGAAUCAGAAAGCGAAAGGAUACAAAGGAUAAUAAAAUAAAUAUAAGGGCACCAAAUAAUAUAUAUAAUAAUAAUGUGAUAACAAAUGAUAAAAAUUUAAACGUAAGUAAUUUCCCAAAGGGAAAUAAUUCAAAUUGGAAAUAUAAUGAAAAUGUAGGAGGUGGAAUGCCACCAAAUACUGAAAGGAAGUCAUCUGAUGGAAAUUUUAAAUUCGGAAAAAAAAAGUCAAUGAAAUUAUUCAAUAGUUCAAAUAUUAGCACAUUGUCAACUAAUUGUAUUAAAUCACUUAGUAACUUAAUGAGCAAUAUUAAUAAUUCAAAUAAUAGUGCCGGAUUUAAUGGAGGCAAUAAUUUUAAUGGAAAAGGUUUAUCACGAUUUUCAGUAAGUAAUACAUUUCACGAUAAACAAGCAGGAAAUGGAAGUUUCUCAAAAGGGAUAAGCUAUUUGAGCAAUAUGGCAAAUGUCAAAAGUUUUUUUGGUAAUGAUAACAACAAUAAAGGAAAAGAUGAUUUUAAUUUUUUCCGUAAUUAUGAAAAUAAUAUAUAUAACAAUAGACAUAGGAAUAGUGAAGGAGCAAAUGCUUAUAGCAGCAAUAAUAAUAAUCCAUAUGGAAAUGAUGCAGCAAAUAAAAGCAACAUAAGUACUUAUGGUAACAAUGGUUCUAAAACAUCAAAUCCGAAUAGCAUUAGUAGCUCAAAUUUAGAAAAUAUUUUAAAUAAUAAAGAAGUAACAAAUGAAAAAUAUCAAAUAAAAGGAUUUGGUAAUAACUAUAUGAGUGAAAUAAAUAAUUUAAGGAAUAUAACAAGUGAUGAAACAUAUUAUACAUGCCUUGAUAAUCUAUUAAGAAAUCAUGGAAAUAUUGAUUCAAAUGAAAUGUUAAAAUACAAUGAUAAAAAUAUAAACUGUUUAAAUGAUAUAAUAUUUUUAGAUAUAUAUAGAGCAUAUAAUGUAUUAACAUAUAUGCAAGAAAAAGUAAAUAUAAUCAUUUAUACAAUUAAAGUUAUUGGAAAAAAAUUAAAAAAAAAACAUGUACCUGAAGAAGUAGUUAUAUCCUUAGAAUUUUUAAAUUUCUGUGUUAAGAACUUAGGAUUAUUUUUUAUACGAUUUAUUGAUGAAAGCUUUAUGAAAAAAAUAAGUUCAUUAUUAAAGACAACUACAUUAAAAAAAUCAAUAACAAAAAAUGUCAAAUCAAAAUUAUCAAAAUUUCUUAUCGUUCCAAUAAUACACCCUGGAGUCGCCACUGAUCCAAGACUUCAUUUUAUAAAAAGAAAAAUCUUAUUUAUGCUACAAUUAUGGCAUGAUUCAUUUAUACUAUACCAGCAUGUAGCUACAACAUUUUUUAUGGAAUAUAGAAGUUUAAAAGAAAAAGGAAUUACAUUUCCUAUAAUAAAAAAAUCAGAGAAAUUUUUUGUAAAAAAUGCUGAAAAUUCACCAUCCUUUUCGGAUGAUAAUAUUUUACAUGAGUUACCAUUAAAUUUAUCGCAAAUAAAUAAUAUUAUCAAAAUUUUAAAAGAAAUUAAAAAUAUGGAUAAUAACGAUAGUGAAAAAUAUAAAUGUAUAGAUGUUAUAUCAAAAUAUACAGAUCAAAUUUUACUUAGUAUCAAUAAAUUAUCGGAUUACAAAGGAAAUAUUAAUAUUUCCGUUACUUUGAAUUCACUACUUUAUAUUAAUGAUCAAAUUUGCAUUUUUGAAAAAAUGAAAAUUGAGAAGGAAAAAGAAAUGGAGCUCCAAAAAGAAAAAGAAAAAAUGUAUAAUGCAACCAAAUCAAGGGAAAAAGACAAAAAUAGAAAAGAAAAAAGAAAAAAGAAAAAAAAUUCAUUACCAAAUAUGGAUGAAAUAAUUUUUAACAAAUUUGAUCCAUGGAAUACAGAAAACAUACCAACAAAUGAUAAGCCAGGUAGUGAUAAUAAUAAUAAUAUGGUAGGAGCAAAUGAUACAUUAUUUUUUAGUAAUAACGGUUUUGUUGAUGGCUUUAACAAAAUGGGUUCUGCGGGAAAUGUCAUAGGAAAUCAAAGUUCUAAUACAAUUAAUAAGGUUUCCAUGAAUAAUUCAAACUUCAAUUUAAAUAGUAAUGAAAAUGCUUUUUCUUUUUUUUCCGAUGAAAAUCCUAUAAAUGAACCUACACAAACGAAACAAAAUAACGAAAUAGAUGAUAUAUAUAGCGUAUUUAACGAACUUAAAUUUAAUGAUGAAAAAGAGCAAGAAAUAGUUAAUAACGACAACAAAACAGCCAGCAAUUAUAUUCCACAACCACGCCAAGAUAAUUUUACUAAUAAUAAUGUUUUAAAUAGGAAAGAGUUACAACCAGUUGCCAAUAAAAAUAUGCCCACUAUUAUCGACAACACCAUUCCUAACAUAAUGAAUGAAAAUAAUGCAAAUGAAAAGAAAAUUGAUAAAAAAGCAUCGAUAUUAGAAGAUCAAUUAGAUUAUUUAUUUACAAAUAAAAAUAACAUUCCAAAUCAAAAAAGUCAAACCAAUCAAAAUAAUUUUAAUAAUGCAGAAAUAAAAAAUAGUAACUUGGACAUACUUAACAUUGAUAAUAUUGUACAGAACGAUUGGAAUGACUCAAUAAAUAUUGAAAAAGAACAUAUCUUCCAUAAUGAUAUACCUAAAGGGGCUAAAAAGUCAGAAAGUAUGAGUAAAAGUGCCUCUAAAAAUUCUAUUUCUAUUGAUGGUAUUGACAAUGAUACGAUAAAUGCUGGCAAAAAUAAUAAUAAUAAUAUGGGAUUUAUUCCCGAUAAAGAAAAAGAAAUUGCUAUAAAUAAUAUACAAGAAGAGAAAGACAACAAUAAUAACAAUAAAAACAUUGAUAAAAUUUUUGACGAAUUUGAUUUUAAUUUUAAUGAUAAUAAAGUAACUUAUCCAAAUGUAUCCGAUAAAAAUAAUAAUAUUACGGGAAAUGUGAGCAAAACAAAUGCCAAUUGUGCAGAAGAAAAUAAGAAUGUGUUAAAAGCAAAUAAAAAAGAAAAAAUAAACACAAAAAAAAAUUCCACGUCAUUUGGUGAUGAACAUAAUGACGACAAAUUAAAAAAUCCCGAAAUAAAAAAGAGCGAAUCCAACAUAUUAAAUAAUCCAGAGAAAAGGAAAAAUAAUAAAACAGCAAAUAAAAAUAAUAGUGUAGAAAAUAUACUAGACAAUGGUAAUCAAUUACCUCUUAACAAUUUAAAUAAAAAAAAUUCUGUGAGUAGUGCUAAUAUGAACAAAGAUGACCAUAAUCAUGAUAAUGAUAUAAACCUAAAUUAUCAUAAAAACAGACAAAAUUCCAAAACGGAUCAAGACUCAGACGAUAUAAAUAUUGAUGAUAUAGAUGAAAUAACAAAAGCUAUAGACGAUUUAAAUUAUAAUUUUGAAAAUAUGAAUAUUUAUAAAUAUGAUAAUUAA